CAAAUAAUGCGUCUCAAAGACUCAAAUCACGACAGGAACCGAGCGAGAAGGAAAUGCAGCCCAGAGCAGAGUUCUUGUUCCUUGCUGAAGAACUCCGGUCUUAUAUUCUAAGCUUCCUUCCUUACAAAGAUAUUCUGCGUUGUACAUCCGUAUGCAAGGCACUCCGACAGACGUACAUCUCCUCAUCAAAUCUUCAGUACAUCACUGAGCUCGGUGGCCAGCAAUUGAUCCCUGUCUCAAACACGAAUCUCGACGACCACACUUCUAUUUCCAAGCGCCUAGCCUUACAGCUCUUGACGGACAAAGCCCACGCAUGGUUUAAAUUUGACAUCCGUUCAUUUGAAACAGUCUCCGUACCAGAACAAUUCCACGAUGCGAAGACUUCCCUCGCCGAUGGGCAUCUCUACCUGUUCGACCAAACUGAACAGUCGGCCAAGAUUUUUCCAAUACUGCCAAGGCCCUCACAACAAACGAUCAACCGCGAUUGGUCUCCAGGAUCGCUGUGUUUAAUUCCCAACUCGGAAUGCAUCGACCUAUUCAUGGACCCAGCGCAGAACCUAAUUGCAAUUGCGUAUAUGGCGGUUGAUAACUCCAUCCAGUCAGAGGACGAAAAGUUCCAUAUUGACCUUGGAGCCCUGGAUGUAGAUGGUGUCCACCCCGAAGCUGCCGGAAGGACGCUGUUUCUGUCGGGACUUCCCAGUUGCCCGGAGGACCACUAUGCAAUAGAGAGUUGGAAGCUCGAGGGUUUGGGGAGGCAUAUCGCUUUCCGGCGCUCCCUGCUGGUUCAUGAUGAAGGCAAUUAUAUAUCUGGCGAGGAGAUAUGGUGUUUGCAAAUUUGGGACUGGCAACACUCCACAAUGCCCGGUUGGGUCCUCAGUGACACAACAAUACACCCGGAGGGUGGGGAGUCAAUUGAUUUUUGUUUCCUCGGAAACGAUAGACUGCUGAUUGUCAGCAAGAACCUGAAGCUCUAUUCAAUCGAGGAUGCGUCCCAGACGCCACAAUUGCUGGCGUGCUUCCUGAUGCCUGUAUCACUGACGGGCAUACAGUGCCUCCUUCCGAUGGACGACAUUGCACACGGCUCACAACUGCAGAUGCAAGCCAAGAAAACAAUGUGGACCUCAGACCCCAAAAAUCGAAUACUAUGCAUUGUCACACACAUUCCAAGUAAUCCGAGCGCAUGCACAUUCGUCAUUUCCACCAGGAUAUUCUUCGACCUUCAAGCUGGCGUUGUUGAUGGUUUGGCAGAAAUACCUUGGGAAUGUUGGGGCGCUCUACAUGCUCGUAUUUUCUUGCACCACUGGCAAUGCAGAGUUGGCGUUAGCGGGAAUCGAGUUUUGCAGGCAUUUCCUGCAACAACCGCGACAGUGGAUGACGAAGAUAACACGGAUUAUAGGUUACACAUGAUGGACUUCAGCCCGUUAGCUGUUGAGCGUCGGCAGGGUCUAGGAAGAGUGGUGACAGAGCCAUCUACGAUGGAAAUCACUGACUCGGGAGAGAAGUUAACGACGUCCCUUCCUUACGUCGAGGUCGUGUCGGAUAGAGUCUUUAAUGCUGACCAGUUGAUGGAAAUUUGGGUUGAUAAGGACAGGAUUUAUUUGCCUAGGCUGAAGAUAGACGACCCGUACAGCGAAGGUAUAGACCAGCUUGAGGUCAUUGAAAUUUAGAGCGGAGUUGGUACAUCCUUAAAAGCUAUAUCCGGAUCAUCAUCCAAACCCACGAUGAUAGUAUGUCGCAGGAAUGUGGAGGUGCUCACGUCCAUCCAUAACGCGAAUGAAGUGGCGAUAGGGGAUAGGUGGAGAGCUAGUCGGCGUGAAUACGUCCAAGGCAUUCCUGCAUUGAUGAGGGACUUAUUUGUUACUAUGUAGUGGUGUCAGGCUUCCGUAGUCGUUUUUCAUCUUUGCAAAACAUACCAAGCAAGUUUUUCGCUCGUAGGCAUCAGUGCCAUGUCAUGCAUUCCUUCCCUUUAGCUCUCGU